CGCGAAAGUCGCAACAAUUUUCACAAAACGUACGACCGCAGCUGGGAGAAGUGGGAAAAGUUUCGCGAGAAAAAAAUGGAGAUGAUGAAGACACACAAGUAUAACGUGGAGCACCGGCUCAAGUACGACAACCAGGAGCGUAUCCUGUACCGGCACCACUUCAACUACUAUCCGGUGAAGCGACCGCGCCCUCGCAAAACAUCGCUCGAUCCGAACUGGUACACGGAAAACAUCUACUCCAACCAGUCGAUCGACAACUCGGACGGUGAGCAUGCGGGUAUGGGGACGGCUUUCGGCGGUUCGGGCGCACCACCCGACCGCCAUCGAGACAUCAACGGCAACGUGCGAUUGGGCGGUCUGGAGGACGAUGGCAUUUUCACGAUCGACGGACACCUGGAGCGUCGGAGCAACUAUCCCAAGUCGAGCAGCUGCUGCUUCGCGACCAACCGCAUGUGGGACAUUGAGGAGGGCGAUGGGCUUGAGCUGGACGAUUGGCACGAACGCUACCCGAAGAUCCCCAAGUCGUACUCCUUCAGUACCUCGCGCAGUAUGGGCGUCGGGUUCAACAUGGCGAAGCUGUACAAUCGCAACAGCUUCGAGAUGCCCGAAUUCCCCAGCCACCGACGACGCCCGACUCCGGUGGCCCCAAGCUCCGAGGGGGCGGGGCGGGACCCGCGCACGGACCUGCGGAUGUGUGAUCGCGAAGGGUGCUUCAACGAGACGUGCUUUAGCAAGGACGAGAAAAACUUUUAUAAUAAUAAUAGCAACAUUAUUAGCGAGUGGAACUUGCGGAAUCGCAACAACCUGCGCGUCCGGGCGGAACCAAGCGUUGCCGGUUCCGGCACCCGGGUGAUGGAGGAGGAUUUUGAUCUGUUCGACGAGGACGAAGAUGAGGUGGGGGAAGAGGACGAAGAAGAGGAGAGCGAUCUCAACACGCUGUACGCCGAGGAUCGCCACUCGAUCGCGUACGGCGACUAUGGCCGAAUGGAGCGUGACUUUUGCCCCCGUACGCCGAGUGGCCGCGUCGAUGAGCUGUUCCGUGCGGAGCGAUCGAAGCAGCUGCUGCGGAGCAAGUUCGAUCGGGUGGCCAAAUACUCGGACGACUUCACCGACGACUACCGGAAGUCGUUCGAGGACUUCUUCAACCAGAACUGCUGCAUCGAGCGCCAUCACGGGCAGCUGAAGGACAGUGGGCGCUUCUUCAACAAGCCUUCGGUCGUGAAGAACAAGAGCAUGCUGGAGGUGAAACCACCGAACCGCUUCGACGACUCAUCGUCCGGCUCGACCGAUCUCGAGCUGGACGAUUUUAACUUCGAUUUUGAAAAGUAUUGGGAAGAGCUGGAGAAACCGUCGCCCACGUCCCCGAGCGAGCUGGAGGAGCGGUACGGCGGCAAGGAGGGAAGGAGUGCGCUGGCCGCCCCGGGCCGGAGCGGCAAAAAGGUGAAGAACGUCAACCUGAGCCGCUGCUACAACAAUGGAACUGUGAUCGAUAUUUACCACGACGACGAUCCGUACCACCGUGACCACUACCAUUACCGCGAGGGAGGCCUCCACGGUGCUAGCAAGGCGACCAACCAUGCGCACAACGCGAACAACAACAACAGCGGCCAGUUCCGGUUGGCACACCAGUUCGGACACGCAAACACGACCCCGCGUAGCAAGGGAUCGAGACACAAGGUGUUCCCUGCGGCGGGUGGGCGAGAGCCGUCGAGACCCGAGGACGGCGACGAGGACGGGCUUCUCGAUGGGGCGACACGGAAGUCGGGUCCGCAAAGCCUUGGGCGGACACUCGAUCCGUCAUCUGGCACCGCCAUCAACAACAACAGUAACGCGAUCAGCUUUCUCAACAACAUCUUCUCCAUCUACAAGCCGAACAAAUACUCGCCCCUGAACUGCCACGUCGAGCAGAACUAUCUGAAGAACAUCCCGGCCAAAAAGAUGAACAUCGUGGCCAGCUCGGCAGCGCGACCGCUCGGAGCGCGCGGUGCCGAGGCAGCCGCCUCGGACACGUCGUCCACCAAACGGCCGCUGACGGUGCACCCGGCAAAGACACAGACUGGCGGCGCCAGCUCGGCCGGUGCGAGACGCUCGGCGAGACCGCUGGCGUCGACCAAGGAUCCCCAGGCCCGGUUCCAGAUCAUCCCGGACAAGACCGGUGUCAAGAUAUCGCCGCUGUACCGGCUGGACGCGCAGGACUACCGAAGGGCGCGCUAUAAACUGAAAAGUACCUCGCGCCCACUGUCUUUCUGGUGA